AUCCUGCAUACAUCUAUGUAAAUGCAAAUUUACAAAAACAAAUUUGAAUUCCUUGCGAGAAUAAAUUGUUUUUGUUCUGUGCGCGUAUUCCUUAAUGAAAAAAUGUCUUGCGCAAUUUGUUUCGAACGUUUUAAAGGAGCUGAUAACAAUUUGUACUCAACUACUUGUGGGCACAUUUAUCAUUUUGUAUGCAUGCAGCAAUGGAAAAGCCGAAGUACCAGUUGUCCUCAGUGUCGAGCUUAUAAUCCAAAAACGCAUAAAAUUUACUUAGAACUUAAUGAUGAGGAGCCAAAUUCCUCACUGCUUGAAGAUCAACUACGAGUAUGUCGCUCAAAAGUUGCACAAUUAGAGCUGGAACUCAAAAGAUCAAAUGAAAGGGUCUCAAAAGCUGGAAACACAAUCAAAUGUCAAAUGUUAGAAGAAACACUUGAAAGCACUCUGGAACAUAAUAGCAAUCUUGAAAAGAAACUUACAGAAGCUGAAAUUAAAAUAAACGAACUACAAAAAGGCAUUAGAACUUUGAAUGUAAAUAUAAAUAAGAUAUCUACGGGAAAAAACAAGUUAGAGCAAAACUAUGCAAAUCUUCAAGUUGAAUAUAAUCGUAUAAAACUUGUUAACGAAUCACCUAAUUCACGUAUAACUAGUUACAUCUCGAAUUUAAUACGAAAUUCAAGUAUUAAAAUAAGCAGAACCUUAAUUAUUCCAGGUUCUAAUUUAACAAAUUACGUUUUAUAUCUCGGUCAUAAAAUGGAUGUUCAUUAUGUGCGCAGCGAUAUAAUUAAAACAGUCCUACUUAAUGACGAAAACACGUUACUAGUACAAUUUAAGACACCAUCACUACGAGAAAUCUUCUACAGCAAUCGACCUAAACUUAAUUAUCAUAGUGAAACCGAAACUAUUCAAUUUGGCGAUGUAACCAAUGAAAUACUUUUGAAUAGCACUCUCUUCGAUUACGCCUUAAAUCUGAAAAUGUUUAAUUAUAAAUCAAUAUUUCGCCAAAAUAAAAAAGUCAUGGCUCGCAAGGAUGAUUAUGAAGAUCCCAUUCGUAUUUACAGUAGAGAACAUGUCGAAGAGUUAAUCGAAGAAGAAGGCGAAUCGUAUGAAUUUUUUUCAGGUUUUUCAUUUUGUUUAAGUUACUAGGUUUUAAAUUUUAUUUUUUAUUUAUAAAAUCAAUAAUUGAUGCGUAUUUUUUUUCAAACUAACAUUGUUGUUCUGGACAUUUUUUGUAAAAUUAUAAACAAAAAUGUAAUGUUUCCUAAAUUUAAAAAUUAGUUUUAGUUUACCAAUUUAUUUUGAAACAUUAAUGGAUUUUAAACCUUUUUUCUUUUCUUUUUUUGUUCCAAAGAAUAGUACAAAUAGAAUGUUUAAUUAAAUUGCCAAAUUUAUAAAAUAUUUUUAACUAAUUUUAAUGAAUUUUACGAAAUAUAAUAAUAAAAGCGUUCAUUAACUUAAUACCAAGA